GCCGUGCCCCCAGCGGGGCCUGUCGCGCUCCCGAGCCUGCCUUUGGCUCGUCGGGCGACCGCACGCCUCUCAGGGCUCCGCUCUGGCUUUUUAUUCCCCCCCCCCUUGGUAAUUAGGUCAGUUUAUUUAGGCACGGUGUUGCUGCGUGCAGCGAUCGCCAGGACCCGCCGGGGUCGUGCUCCGAGGCUCCUGUGGCAGGUCAGGCGCUGCUGUGACAUUGCCUCUCGCUGAGAAGUUGUUGUCACGUUAUCACGUUAAAAGGAAAUAAAGCCAGCUGGGUGUUACAUUGUGCGCAGUCUGCGCAGCGCACAGAGCCUCCCCAAAGCCCUGUGCUGGCAUCGCUUCGUUUUGUGAAAUAUGGUAUUCAGCUGGAUGUUACUGAACAGCAUUUCUAUCAGCUUGGUGUUCAAUCUAUCAGUUGUUCAGAAUGGCAAAGAACCCUAAUUUUCAGGAAGUUGGUCAUUUGCCAACAGGCUACGUCCACUGUAGAUCUUCAGAAACCUUUACUGGCUACCAAUAUCCCCAUCCCUCAAAGAUGAGUAACAGCCAUCCACUUCGUCCUUACACAGCUGUGGGUGAGAUUGACCAUGUUCACAUUCUGUCAGAGCAUAUCGGUGCUCUGAUGAAUGGGGAAGAAUAUAGCGAUGUUACCUUUAUAGUGGAAAAGAAACGUUUUCCGGCACACAGAGUGAUCCUGGCUGCUAGGUGCCAUUAUUUCAGAGCAUUAUUGUAUGGUGGAAUGAGAGAAUCUCAGCCUGAAGCAGAAAUUCCUCUUCAGGACACCACUGCAGAAGCAUUUACCAUGCUGUUGAAGUAUAUUUACACUGGUCGUGCUACACUACGAGACGAGAAAGAGGAAGUCCUCCUAGACUUCCUAAGCCUGGCACAUAAAUAUGGGUUUCCAGAACUGGAGGAUUCCACAUCUGAGUAUCUUUGCACCAUACUUAAUAUUCAGAAUGUCUGUAUGACAUUUGAUGUUGCCAGUCUUUAUUCCCUUCCAAAGUUAACUUUUAUGUGCUGUAUGUUCAUGGAUAGAAAUGCACAGGAGGUGCUCUCCAGUGAAGGCUUCCUGUCACUUUCUAAGGCUGCUCUUCUAAGUAUUGUAUUGAGGGACUCUUUUGCAGCUCCUGAGAAGGAUAUUUUCCAAGCCUUGAUGAAUUGGUGUAAACAUAACCCCAAGGAAAACCAUGCUGAAAUUAUGCAAGCCGUGCGUUUGCCACUAAUGAGUCUAACAGAACUGCUGAAUGUUGUAAGACCUUCUGGACUGUUGUCACCAGAUGCCAUCUUAGAUGCCAUUAAGAUUCGUUCUGAGAGUCGGGACAUGGACCUCAACUACAGGGGCAUGUUAAUACCAGGAGAAAAUAUUGCAACAAUGAAGUAUGGAGCCCAGGUUGUAAAAGGGGAGCUGAAGUCUGCUUUAUUAGAUGGGGACACUCAGAACUAUGACUUGGAUCAUGGCUUUUCUCGACACCCAAUCGAUGAUGACUGCCGUUCUGGUAUUGAAAUUAAACUGGGCCAGCCAUCAAUAAUCAACCACAUACGAAUACUCCUGUGGGACAGAGAUAGUCGGUCUUAUUCCUACUACAUUGAAGUGUCCAUGGACGAGUUAGACUGGAUUCGAGUUAUCGAUCACUCUAAAUACCUCUGUCGGUCCUGGCAGAGCCUGUAUUUUCCUGCCCGUGUCUGCAGGUAUAUUCGCAUUGUUGGGACCCACAACACAGUGAACAAAGUUUUCCACAUUGUUGCAUUUGAAUGCAUGUUUACAAACAAAUCCUUUACUCUUGAGAAGGGUCUGAUAGUUCCUGCUGAAAAUGUUGCAACAAUUGCAGAUUGUGCCAGCGUGAUUGAGGGUGUAAGUCGAAGUCGCAAUGCCUUGUUGAAUGGAGACACAAAAAACUAUGAUUGGGAUUCUGGGUACACAUGCCAUCAGCUUGGGAGUGGAGCUAUUGUAGUACAGCUAGCACAGCCCUACAUGAUUGGAUCAAUACGGUUGCUACUUUGGGACUGUGACGAUCGGAGUUACAGCUACUACAUUGAGGUCUCAACAAAUCAGCAGCAAUGGACUAUGGUGGCUGAUCGCACAAAAAUUUCCUGCAAAUCCUGGCAAACAAUCACUUUUGAUAAACAGCCUGCAUCUUUUAUCAGAAUAGUUGGAACUCACAACACAGCUAAUGAGGUUUUUCACUGUGUGCAUUUUGAGUGCCCAGCACAAAACGGUACCCACAAGGAUGAGGGUUGUAAGGAAGUGGCAACAACAGAGGUGGGGAGUGGUGGACAACAGCUUGUUUCUCGCCCUGUUCGAGCUGCAAGCACUAGUUCCCUGCAUUCCCCUCCUGGAUCCACCUCGCGUUCACAUGCUCACCAACCAUAAAGGAGGCUGAAAGGGAGCUUUUGCAGCCCCAUUGACAUUAUAUAAAAUCAUUCAGAAUUUUCUUGUGCUGGUACCUUUUCUUUCUUUUUCUCUGUGAACAAAGGGGACCAUGUCUGAAAGAUGGAAAUGCUGAAAUGGCAAAGGCUUUUCCCAAGGACAUGAAGAGACUGCUUCACUCCUCAAUUUGUUCAAAUCAGGCUGGUCUUCAAGGGGGGAGAAAAUAGGUCUUCAAUCUUCAUCAAGUACCCCACUAACACCUACCUCUCUAAUCUAACCAAGGCAAGGAGAACAGAAGGAAAAAAAAAAGGCAGAGUUACAGUGAAAAUCUAAAAUGACAUGAGCAGAAUGGAAGGCAUAUGAAACAAAUAUUUAUUCCCUGGAGGCUUCCAUUAGCAAAGAAAAUGUUUAAGAAACACAUCAGUACAGAACACGUUAUUUUUAAAAGUUAUUCUUCAUUCAUAUUUCUUUUUAUCAUGUAAUCUCUUUUUUAAAUUGUUUUAACUCUGUAUCCCACUUUCUCUUAUUUUUGGCUGUAGCAAAUGCUGUGCAGUAGAUUAAGGAAGUAUCAAAUAUGUUUACCUGCUGAGAUGCAAAUUCCCUCAUUCAUCAGUGGGAUGACAAGAAAAGCCUUCAUGAUAUCAACAAACUAAUUAAUGGAUGCUAUGUUAAUCUUGACCUUAGUUAACUUUUCGAAGUACAAAAUUGUCAUUUCUUAUACUCAAAAAGAGAAUCCCUAAAUCAAACUUCCAUCUUGAGAAAAGCUUAUUUUUCACUCAUGAAGAUGAUUACUUAAAUUUUACUUAUGUUUCUAAGAAAACUUGCAACAGAUCAUCUUUUUUAUUUUUCUUUUUUUGCCUUAGAAAAAUGGAACUGCAUCUAGUCACUGACAAGCAGUUGUUCUGAAUACAAAAAGAAGAAUUUGAAGAAACUUAUUUGUAUCCAAGACAAAAUGCUUACUCUGGAGCUAAAAAUUUAAAGGCCUCACGUAAACUUUUCUCAUAAUCUUCAAAAAAUGUGAUGCUUUUACACAGUAUUGUAAAGGAUCUGGCUAUUACUUUACAUCACAGAAUUGAUUAUCCAUCCAUGUCCGUCUGGAUUAAAUUGUGUACUACUUUGCUUGUUCCGAGUGUUUCCAUAUUGAUGAGAACACAGCCUCUCACUCUCCAGAUCCACAUGACUUUUAGGAAGAGCUCCGUGGUGGUCUGUCAGUGUGUGAUGAAGUGUUUUUGGAUUGCGACAGUGAUGUAAUUGGCAAAAUUGUUUAGGAGGUUGUUACUCCUCACAAAGCAUAUUAUGUUGGAAAUGUCAGCUAACCAGUUUUAUGAACUUGGAAUCUCCUCUGGUGACAGAUAAGCUUGUCAGAGAAAAAGAAAGCUAGUGCAGGAUAAAUAUGGUUUUCCUUUGCAUAACCUUACUGAUAAAAUGAGUUAUAUCAAUAUAGCAAAUAGUAUGCUAAUCUGUCACACUACUUAAUUUUAAAGAAUUUCCUGACUGGUUGUGCUUAAAACAGGAAGAAAUAUAACAAACAAUAGCAAAGAAUCAGUAGAAACUUCAAAGGAGAAAUGCUUCCGCUUUCUUGUUUCCAAUAAAAAUGACUAGGCUUCAUCAA